AUGACAGAACAGUCAGCCAUGAUAAGCAGCCUGGUUACAAAGUGUGCCAUUGACUACUGGCUACACAUUGUACUCUCAGUGAUCACAGCAACAGGGGCAACAGACAGUGACAAAAAUCGGAAACUUGAUGGUUUAGGAGGAUUACAUUUAUGUCAGGAUUGUGUACAGUAUGAUGUUCUGGAUAGUGUACAGUAUGAUGUUCUGGAUUGUGUACAGUAUGAUGUUCUUGAUUCAUGCAAUGAUUGUGUACAGUAUGAUGUUCUGGAUAGUGUGCAGUAUGAUGUUCUGGAUAGUGUACAGUAUGAUGUUCUGGAUAGUGAACAGUAUGAUGUUCUGGAUUGUGUACAGUAUGAUGUUCUUGAUUCAUGCAAUGAUUGUGUACAGUAUGAUGUUCUGGAUAGUGUGCAGUAUGAUGUUCUGGAUAGUGUACAGUAUGAUGUCCUGGAUAGUGUACAAUAUGAUGUUCUGGAUUGUGUACAGUAUGAUGUUCUUGAUUCAUGCAAUGAUUGUGGACAGUGUGAUGUUUUAGAUUCAUGUCAGGAUUUUGGACAGUCUGACCCUCUGGGUUCCUGUCAGGAUUUUGGACAGUGUGAUGUUUUGAUGAACAAGACUCUCCAGGAACUCCUAUUCUUUCUUUUUCAUGACAAGUCAAGCGAAUUUGGUCACAGAACUAUAGUGGCUCUUUUGGGCCAUCUUCACAGAUACGUACAAAUUGUUCAUCAAACUAAGCCUUACAGUAACAAUCUAUCAGUCAUCAAAACUAAGCCUAACAAUUACAAUUUAUCAGUCAUCAAAACUAAGUCUAAUAUUAACAAUCUAUCAAUCAUCAAAGCUAAACCUAACAGUAACGAUCUAAAAGUCAUCAAAACUAAGCCUAACAGUAACGAUCUAUCAGUCAUCAAAACUAAGCCUAACAGUAACAAUCUAUCAGUCAUCAAAACUAAGCCUAACAGUAACGAUCUAAAAGUCAUCAAAACUAAGCCUAACAGUAACGAUCUAUCAGUCAUCAAAACUAAGCCUAACAGUAACAAUCUAUCAGUCAUCAAAACUAAGCCUAACAGUAACAAUCUAUCAGUCAUCAAAACUAAGCAUAACAGUAACGAUCUAUCAGUCAUUAUAACUAAGCCUAACAGUAACGAUCUAAAAGUCAUCAAAACUAAGCCUAACAGUAACGAUCUAUCAGUCAUCAAAACUAAGCCUAACAGUAACAAUCUAUCAGUCAUCAAAACUAAGCCUAACAGUAACGAUCUAUCAGUCAUCAAAACUAAGCCUAACAAUUACAAUUUAUCAGUCAUCAAAACUAAGUCUAAUAUUAACAAUCUAUCAAUCAUCAAAGCUAAACCUAACAGUAACGAUCUAAAAGUCAUCAAAACUAAGCCUAACAGUAACGAUCUAUCAGUCAUCAAAACUAAGCCUAACAGUAACAAUCUAUCAGUCAUCAAAACUAAGCCUAACAGUAACGAUCUAUCAGUCAUCAAAACUAAGCCUAACAAUUACAAUUUAUCAGUCAUCAAAACUAAGUCUAAUAUUAACAAUCUAUCAAUCAUCAAAGCUAAACCAAACUGUAACGAUCUAAAAGUCAUCAAAACUAAGCCUAACAGUAACGAUCUAUCAGUCAUCAAAACUAAGCCUAAAAGUAACAAUCUAUCAGCCAUCACAACUAAGCCUAACAGUAACGAUCUAUCAGUCAUCAAAAGUAAGCCUAACAGUAACGAUCUAUCAGUCAUCAAAACUAAGCCUAACAGUAACAAUCUAUCAGUCAUCAAAACUAAGCCUAACAGUAGCGAUCUAUAAGUCAUCACA